AUGGCUGAAGCUGAUAAGCUACACGUAGUUUUGUUCCCAUGGCUAGCCUUUCGUCAUAUUAUCCCAUUCUUAGAGCUUUCCAAGCCCAUAGCUGGAAAGGGUCACAAAGUCUCCUUCAUAUCAACCCCUAGAAACAUUGAUCGAUUGCCAAAAUUUCCUCCAAACUCAGCUCCUCUACUGAGUUUAGUGAAGCUCCCUUUACCCCGAGUCGACAACCUCCCUGAACACACGAGGCCACCAUUGACGUGCCCUACGACAAGUACAGUCAAUGCAUGGUCCGGGGCUUUCUUUGGAUCGGCGAUCACCAUGGCGAACUCCGCUGAUUAUCGUACGAAGCUGGAGGACUUUACCGUAGCACCGAAAUGGGUUCCAUUUCCAUCUUGUAUCGCUUUUUGGCUCCAUGAGAUAAAGAGAUUGUACAACAGUGUUGAUGAUAAUAUUUUUGGCAUUUCAGACGCGUUGCGUUUUGGGAAGACUGUAAUGGGAUGCGACGUGUUUCUCAUAAGGAGCUAUACAGAGCUUGAACCUAGCUGGUUGCACCUCUUGCAAGAGCUCCAACAAAAGCCAGUUGUUGCAGUAGGUUUAUUGCCACCCUCAUUCCAAGGCGACAAGGGUGGCAAGGAUGAUACUUGGCACACAAUCAAUGUAUGGCUGGACAUACAAGAGAAAGAGUCUGUUGUAUACAUAGCACUCGGGAGCGAGGUGACACCGAGUCAAGCUGAACUCACAGAGUUGGCUCUAGUGUUAAAGCUUUGUGGUCUGCCCUUCUUUUGGGCUCUAAGGAAGUAA